AUGGAAGAAGACGAACUUGGUUUUGAAAAGAAGCAAACACUGUUUACAAAUAACGAUUCUUUGAAUUAUCAAAAAGAAAUUCAAAAUGAGCAUAUAAAUAAGUUAUUUAAUAAGCGUUUUUCAAUUGUAAAUAAUGAAUGUUAUUUAUUACCUGAACCAACAUCAAUAUUUAAAGAUUAUUUAUGGAAAAUUGAUGAAUUGCAAAUGCUAAAACAUGAAUUAAAUACUAUAAAAAACUGUUUAAAUAAUUAUGAUCUUGGUAAAUGGCAACUACAUACAAAAUUAAGAAAUAGUGCUAAAGAUGUUAUGACACGUUUAAAAUAUGAUAUUCAACCAGAACUUUUAACUCAAGCAUGGUGUAAAUUUUAUGAAAUAGUGGCAUCCUUUCCUUUAAUACCAGUGGAUUACAUUCGUAAUACCAGUAAACACUUUACAUCUAUUCAUUUAUGUGAAGCACCUGGAGCAUUUAUUACAUCUUUAAAUCACUGGUUAAAAACACAUAAAAAUGCACACGAUAUUCAGUGGAAUUGGAUUGGUAUGACUUUAAAUCCAUAUUAUGAAGGUAAUUCAUUAUCUGUAAUGAUUGAUGAUGACAGAUUCAUAAGACAUACAUUAAAUCAUUGGUGCUUUGGAGAAGAUAAUACUGGAAAUGUUAUGAAUUUAAAAAAUUUGAAUGAACUUAUAACACUGUCAGAGUUGCAUCAAGAUAUAUUCUUAAUCACUGCUGAUGGUAGUAUGGACUGCAUUGAUGUUCCAGCAGAACAAGAAAGUGUUUUAAUACACUUGCAUUUUUGUGAAACUGUAUCUGCUUUACAUCUUUUAGCUACUGGAGGUAGUUUUUUAUUAAAAAUGUUUACUAUCUUUGAAUGUAAUUCAGUGUGUCUGAUUUAUCUAUUGUCUUGUUGUUUCAAUAAUGUCAGUGUAAUCAAACCAGCAACAAGUAAAGAAGGAAAUUCAGAAACAUAUGUAGUAUGCACAAACUUUAAAGGACCAAAAGUUAUUUCACCUUAUUUAGAGAAACUUAAAGAACAUUAUGAACAUGGCCCUAAGCAAGCAAUCUUUUGCAAACAUGAUAUACCACAUGCAUUUAUGAAGAAAAUUAUAGAGUGCAGUGAAUUUUUUAAAUCUCAACAAUGUCUGGUCAUACAGAAUAAUAUUAUUACAUUUAACUCUGAUAACCCUAAAAUGUUACAUGAUAUAAGACAAAUUCAACGUGUGGUUGCUGAUAAAUAUAUAAAGAAUUAUAAUGUAAAAAAAUUAGAAUCAGGUGAAAUUGUAGGAAAUGUUAUCAUGUUAGGAAAAACUACAAGUACCAAUGAGUAUAAAAAAUUACAAGGAUCAUAUAAUGAACGCUGUGAGAAACAAUAUUUAGCACCUUUAGAUCGAAUAAAAAGUUUCUGUAAUGAUAUCUGCAAAAUUGAAUUCCAUUUGCUAGCUGAUAAAUUUAUAAAAUACAAAUUCACUAAGUUGCCGAAAGAAUUACAAAUUUGUUUAGGAAAAAGAUUUCAUACAAUAUGCAGUUCCAAAUUUUGUAGCAAAAGUGCUUUAAAAAUAAAAAAUGGUGUUGAUGAUUUGCUUAUUAAAAUCAAUCAUAAGAUACAAUUUCCUUCAGUAGAAAGUAUACAUGAAUUAGAAGCUGAAAUUCUUCAUACAUCAAGACAUAAAAUUGUAGUUUUUCAAUAUACAGAUAUUUAUGAUAGCCACAAAAUGAUCAUAGAAAUUUAUGAUGCUCUACAAAAACUCAACAAUGGAACAACAUUAACUCUUAUUGGUUAUUCAUUAUUUACUCACUAUAGCAUUGGGCUUCUGUAUAUUAUAAGCUGUGCUUUUAAUUCAUUAAAAGUUACAGUUCAUAAUGAUUUAGGAUUAAAAAUUACAUUACACCAUUAUAAUUACAAUCUCAAAGUAUUAAACUUUUUAAACGAAAUUAGUGUUGCUUCUUCUGAAGCUCAAAGGCAAGGAAAAGCUAUUGUGGAAAUAAUUUCUCCAUUAAUUUUAUACGAAGGGUGUAAUUUAUGCUACUCAGCAGAAGAAUUUAAUCAUUGGAUUAUAAAAGCAUAUAUUCAUUAUGCAUUACAUACAUUAAAAAAUUAA